AUGAGUGAUCCCGCGCCGACUUUCGAUAUCCCCAAGGAGUGCUGGGGUGCUGUUGUGAAAAAUGAGGGACCCGACUUCUAUGUCGAGGUAGAGAAGGUGCCUGUACCUGAAAUUGGUCCCAAUGAUGUCCUGAUCAAACUCAAUGCCACGGGUCUCUGCCUAAGCGAUGUCCACUUUAUGCUCAACGACUGGGGCACCGCAAAGAUGUCCGACCUAGGGGUCAAGUGCGCCGGACACGAAGGAGCUGGAGUGAUUGUCAAAGUGGGUGAGAACGUCACGGCAUACAAGGUUGGCCAGCGGGCCGGCUACAAACCGAUCCAAAAUGUGUGCCAUUCCUGCGAAUACUGCAAGAGCGGCAGAGAGACAUAUUGCUUCAAAGCCGUCUACACUGGCGGCCACUGCGACGGGUCAUAUAAGCAGUAUGUGGUUUCACCAGAGAAUUAUACAACCCUCAUUCCCGACGGAGUAUCAGACUAUGUCGCCGGUCCCGUGAUGUGUUCCGCCUCGACAAUUUACUCCUCGCUCAAGGAAUCGGAUCUGAGACCGGGUCAAUGGGCCGUCUUCCCUGGUGGUGGUGGCGGUGUUGGUAUUCAGGGUGUUCAACUGGCUGCCGCAAUGGGUAUUCGGCCGAUCGUGGUCGACACUGGAGACGAGAGGAAAAAGCUCUCCCUGCAUUAUGGAGCUGAACAUUUCAUCGACUUUAAGGAUGGAGACCCGGUAAAGAAAGUUCUUGAAAUAACCGAAGGAGGAGCCCAUGGAGUCAUUGUUACUGCCGUACAAGCGUACCCCAUCGCACUUGACUACCUCGGAGCUCGAGGAGGUGGACAAGUCAUGUGCAUUGGCAUCCCGCCGAAAGGAAAGUAUCACAUCGACCUGGACGCAUCAAGGCUGGUGUUCCGCAAUCAGUCCAUCAAAGGAACUUUGGUCAGCAGCUUGGCCGAUAUCGACGAGACACUGGACUUUGCCAAACGAGGGAAACUUCGCCUCGAGCCCACCGUGGUAGGGUUGAGCAAAUUCAACGAAUCGGUUCAGAAACUCAAGAACGGACAAGUAGCAGGGUAA